UCACCCUGUACUUAAUAUUUUUAUCUAAUAGAUGUAAAUUUAAUUCAAAAUCUGGAAAUUACUGCUCACGUUAGUACUUGCAAGUAGGUAAGCGAAUUUUUUCAUGUAAAUGCGGCAUAAAAAUCUUAAAAAUCACGUUCAAAGGAUUUACUAUUUCAAUAAAAAUGAACAAUAGUUUCGACAAAUGGUCACCAGUAUAAUCCAGAAGAAGUGACCAAUCAAAUAACAAUCACCUGCUAACUAUUUUAAAAAUUUUUUAUUCUUAUUCUUAUACUUGUAUAGUUAUCAAAAUGGCCGCAGUUUAGUUUGCAAAGGUACUACUCUCUUUGCUGUUUGCCAAUGGAUCAGUAAUAAUUAACAAAAUAUUGUGCGUUUAUGAGAGUGACAAUAUACUAAUUAUAUGAAUAUUGAUUGAUAUACAUAAAAAAUUAAAUCGUAUAAUCAUUUCCAAAUCUGGUAAAUAUUUAUAAAGAUUUAUUAUUUUUUCAUCCUCUAGCUCUCGCAGCGGUGUUUCUCUAUCAUUUAUCUACCUUACUCUUUUCCCAAUUACUAUCUUGACUCGUCUUUUCUAGUUCUCUCUCUCAUACUUUACCGGGCCAAGCCCAUUGUCUAUUGACUAAUUUAUUUAUAGCGAAUAUCUUGUGAAAAAUUGUUUGUCAGUUCAUUAUUACAAAAUAGUCAUUUUUGUCUAAUGACACUUUAGUAUGAUCGCUUUACUUAACUCAAUGAGAAAACCCUUUUCCAUCUUUGUAAUUUAAACAUUAACAAUUCUUUCAUAAACUAGUGUGUUUAUAUAUAUAAAUAUUAAUUUAUGUAGUUUUUAAAUCUAUGUAUAACUAUUAACAGAUUUAUCACAAAUUGUGACUGGAUUAUGUUGCGGCAUCAUCAUUCAAUGCAAAAUCAGUUACGAGAUCAAAGCAGAAUGGUUGGCCCAACUCGCCAAAUGUCACAAGGGAAUAUGAUGCCGCCACAUCAACCUCAGCCACAUAUGCAUUUGCAUCGUGGUAUGCAUGCUCCACAACAAAUUAUUUCUAUUGCUGGACAUCAAGCAAUGCACGCACAUCUUCCACAUUCCGGACCUCCUCGACAACCUCUCAUUAUUGGUGCAAAUGCACAAAAUCCAAAUGGAUUUCGACUCAUAUUAACUCUGAUCUUCCUGAGUGCCUUUCUAAUUGAUGUGGAAGGUAAAAAACACCAACCAAAUUUACCGUAUAGUAUUGAAAAUUUGGACCUGUUGUUUGGGCCAACGGGAUGCAUCGAAGGCACGAUGGUAAGCAUCAGCGUGAAUAGACAGUCAGAUGCAGCUGUUCCAGUCAGUCAAACGGUUGUACAGUAUCAAUAUCAAGGUAAUAUGCAACAAGUAAAUUCACCUCAUCAACCACAACAACAGCAGCAGCCGCAACAAAAACAACAACAACAACAACAACAACCAAGUUCAGGUGAAAACAAAUCACCAACUCGUGAUGGAAGCAGAGAAUCCCGAAAUCACAGUCCGUCUAAUCAAAAUCACGCAAAUGCUACAAAUACAAAUUUGGCAAACAUGAAAGAGAAAACGCCGAUGUGCUUGGUUAAUGAACUAGCACGAUUCAAUAAAAUUCAACAUCAAUACAGACUCACUAAUGAACAAGGACCAGCGCAUAAAAAAAGGUUUACUGUCACCUUAAAAUUAGGGGAAGAAGAAUAUGUUGCUGAUGGUCCAAGUAUUAAGAAAGCUCAACAUAGUGCAGCGACAGAAGCACUCACUAAAACAUUGUACAUACAACCACCACCAAAACCUAGAUCUAUACGAAUCGGCCACUCAACAAAAAGCCAAACUGGCUGUGGUAAUUAUACAAGUCAUUUACCACCGACUGUUGAGUUAAAUGCAUUAGCUAUGAAACGCGGUGAACCAACAACUUAUACAUAUAAACAUGCACCUUCACCACCAAAUAUACCUUUCAAUAAUCUACCAGACCCUCGGAUGUUUAAUCCAAAUUUUCCACGUAAUAUAAACCAUCGUUUUUUUCACACAAAACCUGAAGGUCUUUAUGUAGUCACACUUAAAGUUGGUGAGCGUGAAUUUAUAGGACAAGGUGUAACUGGUCAAGCAGCUCGACAUGAUGCAGCAAGCCGAGCUUUAGAACAAUUACGGCAGCUACCAUUGCCUGAAGAGAUAACACCAACUACCACUAAUGAAAAUGGUGCGAGUCCAGGCAUUGAAGAUUUUAAUCCUGAACUUAAAAGUCCAGUCUCUUUGGUACAUGAGACAGCAUUAAAGAGAGGACUAUCGGUCAGCUUUGAGGUUGUAUCUGAGAGUGGUAAACCACACAUUCGUAUAUUCAAAACAAAAUGCUCUGUUGGAGAUACUGUUACUCAUGGUGAAGGUUCUUCGAAAAAAGUAUCGAAAAAACGAGCAGCUGAACUUAUGCUUGAAGAAUUAAAAAGACUUCCUCCUUUGCCCACAACGGUACAAUGUCGACCAAUCCGUAUGAAACGUAAACCUCCCGCUACUAAAAAAAAAUCACGGAACCUCAUAAAAGAUUAUCAAGAGCCACGAUCUGAUUCUGAAAUUGCCGAUGAAGUUAAUCCUAUUUCGCGUCUCGUUCAAAUACAACAGGCUCAAAAAAAACCAGAGCCAAUUUACACGUUAAUUGAAGAAAAAGGUGCACCGAGACGUCGUGAAUUUCUUAUGGAGGUAUCUAUCGGAAAUAUUUCGGCACGAGGAAUCGGACCAAAUAAAAAACUUGGUAAACGAGCUGCAGCUGAAGCACUUUUAACCAAACUUGGAUACAGUAAACCUGAUGUACAACCAAUUAAAUCGUCUAUUAAAACAGCUGACAGUGACAAUUCAAAUACCGAAAGUAAACCGAGGAAAGUAACUUUCCUUGAAGAUGAUAAACAACAACACCAAAAUGAAACUCCGAGUCAUCCAGUUGGUGGUACAAUUGGCCGUCAAUUAGUCCCAGGUUUACUUCUAGUUGAUGGUGGUCAAGAAAAUAAAGUUAAUAGUGGUCCAAGUGUUCAAGUUGUCGCUGAAGAAUUACGAGAGCAGCAGCAGAGUAAUCCCUCUGGUAUAUCUCCAAAAGAGCAGUUAAAAUAUUUAGCUCAACUUCUCAAUUUUGAUGUUGAAUUCAGUGAUUUUCCAAAGAAUUUUCAGGGUGUAUACAAGGAGUAUUUAUCAUUGGUCUCACUCAGUACUGAUCCACCUCAAGUUUGUCAUGGUCAUGGUCCAACGACAAGUGCAAGUAGAGAUCAAGCGGCUCUUACUGCUUUACGCACUCUUAGUAAACUUGGAUUAGAUAGUGUUACAAAUACACAAAAAAAAGAACAACCUGCCUCAAGUGAGCAGACUAAAAAUCAAGCGAAGAAUAAUAUUCUUAAUCAAGCGAUCGAUAAGUAACAUUGAUUGGUAAAACUGAAUUAUAACAGAUUUCAUUUUUUCCAAUCUAGAGGUACUUUUUGCUUUGUAUAUUAUAGUAGAAAUCCUACAAAUUCGACUUGGAAAAAGAGAGAGAGAGAGAGGGAAAUCUAUUUUCGUUGGAAUUUUUUUUUUACUCGUUUACUAGUACACGAUCAAAAUAAGACGAGAUAGCUUUCCCUCUCUGCUUUUCGUAGUCAAAUUUAUAGAAGUUCUCUUGUAUACCAGUCAUAAAGCGUGUUUUUUAAACUUUUUUUUAAGUUUUUUAUGUUAUUUUUUUGUUUUUAUGUUUUUUUUUUUUUUUUUUGUCUUAAAUACAUUGAAUUGCUGACAUAGAAGCAAGAAACUAACAGUAGUAAUGAUCGCUUGAAACCAUUAUCGAAUCGCGUUUAUAAUUUACUCGCAGUAUUAUUGCCCUUGCGGAAUACACUUUUAACGAAAAUAAUUUGAGAAUUUCUUUUUAUUAUUAUGAUUACUAUUUACUGUGGUUAGUUUUUUUUUCGUUUUAUUAAAAUGAUAAUCUUGGCUUGUCUUCCGUUUGGGCAAAGUAACACGACGAAAUUACGAAUAAAAUGUCGUUUAAAAUUUUAUUUAUCAAACACGAUCGAAUUAAACAAACUAAAUAAUAUCUCAGACAAAAUUGCGGCCAUUCCCUCAAUCAUUUGAUUGCUUGUUCUUAACUUCCAAUUCAUAGUAGAUCUUAUUCUUCCUUUCAUUAUUAGUACAACCUUUAAUUAAUUUUCAUCUUUUAUAUUUUUAUUUACAAAAAAAAAAAACUUUAAUUUCAAUUACUGGUACUGAAUUCAAAAACUCAAAUAAUUUUU